AGCCUACCAACUUAAAAACAACAAACAACAACCAAAGGAGUUUACACGAAACACACAAGGCAUAUAACAAGGCAAACUUACAGUGUAAGUGACAUUUUAAAGGUCAAGAGGAGAAAAUAUACAAUGUCUUAUUUAACAUUACUUGAGUUUCUAAUAAAAUAGGCAUCUAUCAUGUCUAAAGCAGGAGAAAGAACAGGAUUACAAGGGGGGCGUAGUUUAGUGACAAACCUGGGUAUGUUAACUUAGAGUAAGUGGUAAACCUCCUCAAAGAAAGGAGAAUUAGGCCAUUGGGCUCUUCUAUGAGGAGAACUAGGUUUACCACUUACUCUGAGUUGGGUACUUGCAAUACCCCCUAGAGGUCGCUGUUCGCUACGUAUUUGAGGUUUGCCUUGCUGGCAGGCAAAAACGUGUUAUUUUUGCGACGUCUGGACCUUAUCACCGGAAAUGCGACAGGCAAAUGUGUAUUUAUUUUACACUGGCCCCUCCAAUACCAACCAUUAUGCCAGCUCUUCUGGAGAGGCCCAAAUUGUCCAAUGCAAUGGCACGGGCAUUGCACAAGCACAUAAUGAGAGAGAGAGACAGGAAGCGUCAAGAGGAAGAAGAAGUUGACAAAAUGAUGGAACAAAAACUUAAAGAAGAGGAAGAGCGAAAGCGUAAGAAAGAGGUGGAGGAGCGGAUGUCCUUAGAUGAGACCAAAGAACAGAUCAUGAAGAUGGGGGAGAAACUCCAGGGCCUGCAGGAGGAGAAACACCAGCUCUUCCUACAGCUCAAGAAGGUCCUGCACGAGGAGGAGAAGAGACGGAGAAAAGAGCAGAGUGACAUGACGACAUUGACUUCAGCCACCUACCAGCCCAACAUGGCCAUCCACUCAGGGCAGCACCUGUUGAGCAUGCAAGCCAGUUCAGUGAGUCAUGGUCGACCAGGAGCACUCAUGGGAGAGAGGAGUAAGCAGCUCUUUCAGACUCCUGUCAUUCCUGGUCGUCACUACCAGUCCCAACAGGGUUUCAGCGCAGGGACCUCAGAGCAUGGCCAGUACUCUGGGGGCCCGGCGGCCCACGGCCCCUACGGCGUCCCCCAGACCCAGCACGCGUCCCCCUUCACCUCCAGUCAACCAGUGCCUGUCAGCUAUGCCAGCAACUCCCAACUCCGAGGAGCUUCGGCAUUUCCGGCCAUGCCCUACUUGCCUCACCAGCAACAAGGCUAUGCAGUACACAGCCACUUUGUUUCUCAACCAGGCUACAUCCCCAGCGCGGCUAUCCCGUUACAGAAACAGCUGGAGCACGCAAACCAGCAGUCUGGCUUCACUGACUCUACCACUCUGAGGACCAUGCCACCUCAGGCUCUCCACGCUAGUGCUGCUGGUUUGCUGCCUACCCCCUCCAUUGCAGUCCAGAUCCCCCCUGCCAAGACUGGACUGCCGUACGCCCAUCCACCGAGGCCAGCCUCCCCCGGAGCCUUCUCUCACGGGACGCCCCCACAGCCCACCCAUGCUGCUUCCUUUCAGAGCUCUCCUCAGCCUGGCCCUCGAAGCGCAUACAUCUCCCACAGCCAGUCAGGUCAGAGGUUCUACCACCACAGCAAGUGAGCCCAGACGCCAGGCCUCGUGCAAAGGAGAUGGGAGCCAAGUUCCAGGCGAAACCUGCUCUCGGAUGGUCAGCUCUCCGCUCAGGGUUGUUGUGUUAGUACAGGUCGUGUGACCAGUGACCUUCUUUAUCAGUCAGUCUGCACGAGCAUGGAACUCAUUUUUUUUUUAUUUUCCUGUGGUUUUUAUUCUUCAUGUGUAUGUACAGGGUAUAUGAUUUUAUAAAUGAUAAAGCAGGUCAUUUUGGUGGUUUGAAAUGUCUGUAAUCAGAGUAGUCACAACCAUGCCUAAUGCUAAUGACGGACUUGUGAUGGUUGCCUGAUGAAGUGCACCUUAAAAUCUGUGGCUUUUUCUCAGAGAAAUAGCCGGAUUUAGUCAGAUAGGCUUUUAUUGAUAGAAAACAAAAUGUUUAUAUGCAUUUUUUUUUAAACAAAUAUAAAAGAACAAAAAAAUGUAUUGGAAAAAGAAAAACCCCUUCUCAGGUGUUUGGAUGUUACGACAAAUGCCCUUACUUCCUCCUUGAUGCACUUAUACACUAACACCUACAGCUCUUGUCACACACAACUUCACACAAAUGCACCUCUUUGUUAUUGACCCACACAAAAAUGCACACCUACAUACACAUGUAUGGACUGAUAUUUUCAUACAGUUAAAUGUUUGUAAGAAGGUCUUUUUAAAUUAUAUCGAAACAUUUCUACAAAUUAUGAAGAUCACACGAGAAUGACAUUUAUUUUCUGCAAAUGUAUCUGAAAAAAAAUAAAUCAUACAUUUAACUGCCAUUGUGCUUUGGUACUUGUUUGGGAAAACAUUAUUUGGUUCCUAAGGAUACUUUAUGUGUACAUUAACCUGUUGCUCAACAGAGUAAGGUGCUAACAACUGGGGUCUAUGAAUAUGACGAGGCACACAUGAACAUUUAAAGCAUACAAUACCUGUACCGCAAAUCACUUUGGAUAUGGAAAGUAGCACCUACAUUAUCAAAAGCUAGAACAGAAAUAUGUCUAUCUUGCCAUGACCUUGAGCAGCUAUACUUAGUGGUAAGAUGGCCAUAACGACAAGCAGGAAGAGGAAUUGUUUUUUGUUAGGAAUGCAAGCUUUGUCAUCGGUCAUUUUUGACAUUGAUGGCCAUCAGAAAUUACAAUGACUCAACACACGGUAGGUGUGUUUUCUUCUCCAACCUAGUACCAUAGUUAAACUGAUUAAAAAGUAGUGUUCAAAUAGUUUAGGUAAAGCUACAAACAACAUGUGUAUUUGUUUGCUUGUUGAGCUCUAAUAUCAACAACCUUUGCCAGGAUCAAAGAUUUCACCCUUAACACGCUCCUUCCCACACAUUCUGAAUUUGUGAAUGAGCAUUAUAGCAUUAUGACUUAAAUGCUUCCACAGCCUUUAAAUAAAUAACACAUAGACGUCUAGUUGGGAAAUGUCCCCUCUUGGCAAAUACGUAAAGCAGUAAAGCCUUAUGUUGAUGAAUUCAGAUACCGAGAGAUUAACCAGAUUAGUAAAAUCAUGUCAUUUUUGGUCUCUAUUGGUGUGGGUGUAUUGUGGUUAAAGAGUUGACUCACUUCCCCCCUCCCCCCACACACAUCCUCGUUCAAGUAACUGUUAAUUCUCUAUAAUCCGCCAUUUUGUCUACUGCAUGAUAAACAGAACUGUCCAGAAGCCUGUGUAAUGUGGGCACCCGGCAUGACUUCUCAGUCCUGUCAAUCCUGUUAGUUAAAGUCUCAGGACACACCUCAGUCUAGCAUUUACUACUUCAUGCUCAUUACCUCUGUCUCACAAGGAAGAAAGAAAGAAAGAAAGAAUGAAAGGUAAAGCAUGAUUAACUCACACUCUCUUUAGCAGAUACUGUUGGCAGAGACAUCUCUCACUAGAGGGGGGCGUGUUCAGUUAGUCAAACUGGUUCAGUGUUGUGAAGAGGAACAUGUGACAAUUUUGGAGGGACUUCGUCUACAACCUCUCACGAUAUUUAUGCAACAAAUUACAAAAGCUUUCUUUCUCUAUAAAUACAAGCAGAUAUCCAACCAUGUAAAGCGUACAAGAGUAGAAGAUGAGGAAUCGUAAUAGAUAGGGAGGAGAUUUGAAUUUGAAAUAGCAGCUGUCCGUUGCAGCAGCAGCAGGCGGAAGUUGACACUGCACUUUCAGAAAAGGAGGGGUGAGGGAGAGAGGCUCUGAAGGAGAAAAGAAAGUAUUUUUGUAUUACAUCAUUAAAUACCCUUUGUGGAAUACAUAGAUGACAGAAGUAACAGUACAUAAAUGAUGGAAACUAUACUAUGGAUGGAUUUUAGUGUGAUUUUCAUCCAGGGAGUUUGAAAGUGAAACCAGUAACAGAAUGAAUGAAUGAAUGAUCUGGCCUCCAGGGGACAGAUGACUUCGAUGUCUGAGAGCUCAGCACUGGUUGGUUAUUCUGCCUUUUUCCUUCGGUUGGGAUAAAUUAUUUGUUUUACUUUACAGGAAUUAAGCCACAAGCUUUGUCUACAAUCGAGUUCUGUUUUUUUUACUAAAUGUCUUGCUACCUCUGCUCCAGUUUUUUUGUAUCAUCAUUGCUGUGUUUUGUUUUAAACUAUCCUAUUGUUUUCACUAUCCUAAAUGGAGAAUAAGAAACUAGUCAUAGAAAAAAAUCUCUGUUUGGGUUCCGUUUGACCAUUUCAAGACCAUGACGUCUUCAGACUACCUUUAUGACGUUUUUUAUUCUGAUUUGAUGGGACAUAGAGCCCAAAUGCCUGCUACCUCCCCCAACCCCCCUUUCGGUCUGAAAACAUAAAAAGUUGCAAACAAGACCUAAUGUCAUGUCAAUGUAGACAGGGCUCAGAAAUCGAUAUGGAUGCGUUUCCCUCGACCUCCGCUUUUCCUUAUUCACAAAUAAGUUAUGCAUCUAUGGCUUCAUAUGUCUGCAAUGACAGGUGGGUGCUCAAUUGCUCAUUUUGAAAAUGUAUUAUUUUUCUAACACUGCAUAGCUCGACUAACUGAAGUGAAUAUUAAGCAAUAUAAGCAUUCAUGAUUAAUUUGUUUUAAAUCUGUGUCAGUCUCGACAUCCAUUUUGAGACUACUUCAGUUGAUAUGGACAGUUACAGAAGGCUGGUGCCACAUGCUAACAUGGAGCAUGUGCUUUUAGCUCAGAGAGGUCUAAGAUCAUGCAUGUCUAUUUCGAAUAUUUCAAUUCCAAAACAAUGAGGUUUAGGUCAACUUUUUAUGAAUAUCUUAUGACGAUUAAGAGUUCUUUCAAAAUUCGUUUAGAGUAGGGCAAUGUGUCGGCAGUGUAAAUGCUCUUUAUAUGUACAGGUUUUAGACAGCCAUUUUAGGCUUAAGGGAAAACUUUUUGUUGCCAUUUUUAAUUCGGUCCUUUUAAUAUAAACAAUUCCAUAAGAGUGAUAACACUUUUUUCUAAAUAUAUUCUUAUUAUUAUUUUCUUUGCCAUGAUCCUCCCUUAAAACUAAUUAUUAUGGUCAAUAAUAUAGGCCCAUACCAACAUUAUAGAGUCAUGGGUGCCCAUAUGAAAACAGACAUGCAGAUAGCUCAUCUCCAAAUUUCGUUGUAUGCGAAUACAAUGACAAAUAAGGCUUUUCUAUUUAUAUUUAUAUUUUCUAUCACAGCUAAAUGCUCCCUUGCAGCCAUUUUAAGUAGCCUACAUCUAAUAUAAAUAGUCACAUCUCAAAUGUUCUGCUUUUUUACUUCUCUGCUUUGCCUUUUUUUAUGUAUAUUGUAUGAAAUGUGUGACAAACAAUCUGCAUCAAAUACAAUAUUCCAGGUUGCUACAUAGAAUGUAAUUAGUUGGUCUACAUAUACCGUUCAAAGUAUACUUGUUGAUCUCAACUCUCAUUUUUGUGUGUGUGUGUGUGUGUGUGUGUGUGUGUGUGUGUGUGUGUGUAGCCAGGUGUGAUUUGUGAACUGACCUGAUCACUGAUGAUAAAAGCAUGUUGUUAUUUAAUAAGUGUUUCUUUGUAGAAAAAUGUAAGACAAAGACACGUUCUACAGAGAAGCCUGCAUUUCCAUAUUUACUUUCCCUGUAUUUUCACUCUCCCAUAUACAGUGAGAACGACCAUUGAGCUUAAAAAGACGUGCAUCUUCACAGGAAGUUUUUCUCACUCUGCUACAUAAAGCAGAAUACUUACUAAAUCACCCCUGUGCUCGCAACAACCAUUUACUAGAAUAGGAGAUCAAUUGGAUAAACAAAUCAUUCGAUUUAAUUAUACAUUCAGAAAACGAUUCAUCACACUAUAUUAAUCUGUUUUUUUUUUUUUAUAAAAGUUACACAAGAUGCCAAUACGGUUAUCUUGAUUAGUGUAUCCGUUUUUACUUGUAGCUUUAUUCUAGUUAACGUGGAAGCGCAUCAAUUAAUAGAGAGUUGAGCUUCGUGGAGCCUUUUUUAGUCGAUGUCAUCAAGGUCCCCUAGUCAUCUCGAUUUGAAUUUCAGGCAAAAUUAUUCUAACCACAGUUUCACUUUGUGUGAUGUGUAGAUGUGUAAUCAAUGUUGCUUUUGUUUUGAAUGACUGAAAUGAGGUUCUUGAUACGAGCCAAACAAUCCAAAUCCGAGUAGGUCCCAUUAAGAUUGACUUGGGCUUUUAGUUAGUUUAAUAUAACUAUAGGCUACAUUUUUUUUAAACUUAAUCGACUAUACUUAUGCCUAAAACACAGGCGUAACGAGGCAACCCCGGGCCCCAAUGCAGGAUGGUCAAAACGGGUUCGCAGUCCACCUUACUCUUACCGAAGAUAAUGCGUGGCAACAUCUCUAAACAGGUUUCAUAGACACGCAACAAGCCACACCAAAAUAUUUAGUAGGUUACAUAGGCUAUGAUGCAUUCUAGCAUACGAGAAAAUAGCAAGGCCAAGGCUACAUAACAAUUAGCCUAGUUGUGAAGGAGUAUCAUUGCCAAAGUUAUCCAAGAUGGUGAUAGGCCUACAUGGCGUGUCAAAACAAUGCCUUGGUAAAUAGCCUAAUUAAUACACAAGUUCUACUUACAUAGGCUACACUGCUGGCUUCCUGUCUGGGAAAUAAUCAGGUGUAUUCCUAUACAACUGAUCCUCGUCCGUUCCUCGCUUGUCUCUUCACCUACACAUUCUCCAUUGGUUUGCUGGAUGUGCCGCUGGUGCUUGCAUAAACGGCGAAUAUACGCUGAACUGCUGUUGAUAUUCUCACGUGGCUUUUCUCUUUUGGCAACCACUUAGCCUAUGUGAUGGUAGUUGGGCCUAUCCAUUUUUUUUUAUUCAAUUGGGCCUAUCUAGUUUAUAGCCUACUCUUUGUUGAUGACGUUAUGGUAAUACGCAUUCACAAUAAUAUCCCAUAAUCCCACUGACCCACUCCACAUGUGCCUGAUUCAAAUCGCUCAUUAAUUACUUACUAAUAAUUAAAAAUAAAAACAACAGCGGUUGAGAACUUUUCCGAGACGAAUCCAUGCCACUUCAGUUUAGAUUUGUUAUAGUGUCCGCUGUGUGUGAGAGUUGUGAGAGAGAGCGCGUGCACAGCCCCUCAGCACUUCUACUAAUAGUUAUUGGAAAUUUUGACGCACGUUGGCAGCAGCAGGUGGCUUGUGUGUGGUGAUGGUAGCAUCCCAGAUGGCAAAAGGUCAGUGGACCACUGUCGGCUCAUUGGGGGCACAGCAGGCGUUCCUCUGGCUUUUUGCUCAUCCAUUUUCGAGCGAUCCACUGGUGAGUUACAGACAAUGAUCCCUUCGUUUUUGCAACUUGCUUU